CAUAAUUCGUCAAAGAUAUGGAUGGAAAAUUGGAAAUUAAGGAAUAAAAAAUAUCUGCGUAAAGUAUAGAGAAUAUUUUAUUUUUUUUCCGACAUUAGAUGGUUAUAUUGUUAGUUUAGGAUCUGAGUUUGGUUUUGGCUAAUUAACCCAUCUUAAAUCCUGAGAGAAAAAAUAAAGGCAACAGAUCUAAAAUCUUAGAAAAUAUAUUUUUUUUCUGGGCUAUGCAAAAGUUUCUUGGGAGUUUAUUAAACGUUUGUAUAAGAAAAAUAACAAACCGUCUUCAUAUUGAUGAAAUUAAUUAUACCCAUUCAUAAAAAUAAAUAAAAAAGCGAAGGCAACCAUUAAGUCAUUUACCCUAAGAGAGAAAAGGCGAUACAUAACCAUGAAUGGAGAAGAGCCAAUGACGUUGAUGAUGCUUCCUAAUGAUUUGGUAUUAAACUGCUUAGCCCACGUUUCGAGAUUGUACUACCCGAUUCUCUCCUUAGUUUCCAGAUUCCGCUCUCUCCUUGCUUCAACUGAGCUUUACCAAACCCGACUCCUCUUAGGCCAAACCGAGAGUUGUUUCUAUGUGUGCUUAAAACUCCCUACCUAUAAGACCCCACAACAAUGGUUCACUCUCUGCCGUACACCAAAUAGCUCCAAGAAAGUUUUGGUCCCAAUCACAUCUCCCAAUUCUCCUUCUACGUACCAGUCAGAUUUUUCUAAUAUUUAUGCCAUUGGCGGAUUAUUCAUAAAGGAUGAUAAUGCAUCUUCCAGCAUCAUGGUCAUGGACCGUCGUUCUCACACAUGGCAUGAGGCCCCAAGCAUGCCGGUCGCACGAGUGUCCCCUUCUGCUUGCAUCCUUGAUGGAAAAAUAUAUGUGAUAGGAGGCUGCAUAACUAACUGGAUUGAGGUAUUCGAUACAAUGACUCAAACUUGGGAGUUUGAGUCGUCAAGUCCUGGUGAGAAAAUAUGUAGCGGUCUUAGGUAUCAAACCGUAGCUAGGGUAUGAUGGAAAUGUCUACGUGAAGUGUUUUGAGAGACCCAUGACCAG